AAACUCCAAACUCACUCCCGAGUCAACUCACACAAAAUAUAACCCAACCCUCUCGAUUUUUUUCAAUCAAACCAAACAAAAACAUGAGCCGCAAAAGAGACAAGCCCUCCUACACCGCACGCCACGUCCCCUACAACUAUCCAAAACGACGUCGUCCCCUACCACCCGUCACUUCCGAGGACCCACCGGAAAACCCAUCACCCAAAGUCUCCGCCGCCGUGGUAGUCACCGGACUUUCCCAAGAUUGCUCUGUUCUUGACCUUAAAUCAAGGUUUGAGAUUUAUGGGUCAAUUUCUAGGACCAGAAUGGACCCCACUGGCGUUGCUUACGUCACUUUCCGGUCAAGUGAGUCAGCUGAGGCUGCCAUUGCUGCUUCUCGCGACCCUUCUUUUGGAAUCACAAUUAAUUCUAGUAGAGUGCAGGUAAUGAGGGCAAGCGAUCCAGUGCCUCAGUGGAGAGAAGGGGUUCGAACAGAUGGAUCUUCAAAGCUAUUGAGAGCUGAGGUUCCAUUGAGUCGACUCGGAAGAUUUCAUAAUAGACUUGGGCCAGCAAUUGUAACCCCUAGAGAUGAAGAUCAUGACGAGAAGAAAAUUUCUAAGCCUGGACCAUCCUUGGAAGAAAUUCCAUUUAAGGGUAGAGAAAUCAUUGCCUAUGAUGAUAUAUUGUGAUCUAGUCAAUGAUAACGGGUUUGAUACAAUUUGUAACAUUAUGUAUCUUUAGCAUUUUCAAAAGUAGAUUUUACCGGAGCUGAUGUCGGUUUAAAGAUUAGUUUUGGUUGAGAUGAGUGAGAGAGUGACAUCAAAGAUGUUAUAGUUGAGUAGAUUGAGUUCCGUUUUGCUUGAUAAUGCUUUAUGUUUCGGAGUUGUGAUUUUCUUUCCCAAAGUUAUUGUCGAUCAAAGCAUAAUUUUAUGCAAUGUACUAAUCUGUAAUGUUUAGAUUUUGCAGUCAAUUCAAAUUUCAUAGUUGCAUCA